AUGGUCCAGCUCCCUGCUCUGCUCCACAAGGCCUACCGUGGAGGCCGCUUAACCAUCCUUCUUUCCCUGGGUAGUUGCACCAACCGGCCUUUCUACCACAUCAUGGCGGCUCCCAACAAGUAUCCUAGCGAUGGCCGUUCUGUGGAGCAGCGAGGCUCCUAUGACCCACUGCUCAACAGUCAUGGAGAGAAGCUCGUUGCUCUCAACUUGGACCGGAUCCGGCACUGGAUCGGCUGUGGGGUCCUUCUCUCCAAACUUGUGGAAAAGCUUCUGGAUCUUUCUGGCUUUUUCCCUCUGCCUUCCGUGCUGAUCACAAAUGCUGAGAGGCUGCGACGGAAACGGGCACGUGAAAUCCUCUUCGCAUCUCAGAAGACAGAUGCAAAGGCUGCAGAAACAAAAGCUGAGAGGCUGCGACGGAAACGGGCACGUGAAAUCCUCUUCGCAUCUCAGAAGACAGAUGCAAAGGCUGCAGAAACAAAAGCAAGCUGA